GUUUACAGCUCUUAAAGAACCUUCUUCCUCCAACGAGCAGACGAGUGGAGCUAAACCUUGUUCUCCUCCACACGAACCACCCAAUAGCAGCAGCUCUAGUGGUGCUGCUCGGGGUGCCUCUACUGAAGAAGAACCUGAGAAGACAAGCAAUAUCAUGCCAGCAGCAGAAGUAGCAGCAGAAGUAGAAGAAGGGUGCUCUCAGCCAUCUUCAAGUAAUAGCGGAGGUUCUCAAGUAGAACUACCAUCUUCAUCAAGUAAUAGCGGAGGUUCUCAGGUAGAAAAAGGCGUGGGUCCUCCACGAGGACAAGGACAGAAUAACGAAGGUGAUCGUGCUCACGAUAUUAAACUACAACAACUCAAAAAAAAUGAGCUGCCUCCAGAUGGGCGCACACAAGAACCAGCCUCGUCGUCAUCCUCUCAAAAACGCAGAGUAGUCGGCCUUGUCAGAAGAAAGGAGAAGAAAGCAUUGGAACGACGACUUCGUUAGGGCCUUGUGAUCUUAUUUACCUUAUUCGUUUUGGGACUUGUCUCACGCUUAGUCCGUUAUUGGCCUUAUUCUUCAGAAGUAGAGACUUAUCCCGUUAUUAAUAUUGACCUUAUUCUUGAAGUAGAGACUUAAUAUCUUGAAGUAGUUGAGGAUUGAAGGCAAGUAAAUAUUCUUAUUGACUACAUUAAUAUUCUUAUUCAUUGUUUACCAGAAAGAACGUCUUCGUUUCUCUUUACUCAGAAGUGCAGUUACUUUGAUUUAUCUACAUCUUUCAUGAGAAGAAGGAGAACAACUACCUUGUACCUUCAUGAAGACGAAGGACCAACUAGAACCACCUUUCUCUAUGAAAUACAGUCGGAAAUAGGGAGACGUGAUCGACCCACUAGAAAUCCUGCUUUUUCUUGAGAUCCAUCAGAUUGGUGGCGUUUUCGGUUUGAUUUAGUGGACGACUUUCCUAAACCAAUUACCCUUCUAUGCUACAUAAUAAGUAUAACGUCGGAGCAGGUAAUGAAAUUUUACAUGAAAUUUCUUGAUAUAAUACCGGCUAGUUUUCCGUCUAAUAUUCUUAGGUGUAUCCCUUCAUACAGUAAACCAAUGGUAAAUACUUGAUAUGAUGACGUAUAAUUAUACGGAAUGUUCGGGUGUAUUAGAUUAGUGUUAGUUAUGGACCUAAUAAAGAUUAACUAUUCCACUAUCGUCUAGAACAACUGCAUUAUACGGCACGAUCAUCAAACGUGGGUCAUCUAAGAACACGAGGCCCGCCAAGAACUACACCAAGCGAGACUACAGGACUCGCAGAAAGGAGCUCCAGAUUAAGGCUUCCCUCAUGAAAAUGAUUGCUUAGAACGUUGAUCAAGUAGGUGCAAAGUUUUGCUCUGUGUAAGUUUUGCUUCAAAAACGGCUAGUAUUAAGGGUCGAACCUGAAGAAGUACACGACAAUGACCAAGUAGGUGGUAAUGGUUUUCUCAUCUGACAACUCCUGUUUGCGCCUGACUGUCUAGGUCCAUAGGAGUAGCAUCGAUAAUAUUUGCUCAGCCGAUGAUUAUCUUCGGAUCCUGUGACAACUCGGGGACUACUUUCAUUUGCUGCAUAAUCUGUAGGGCGAGUCUUUGAUCUACUUAGAGAAUACUCUUCUACUAAAGGAUGAAUUAUUUGAGCUCUAAAAAGAAGAGAAGGACGACGAUGAUGACGAAGGAGACGACGAUGAUGACGAAGGAGACGACGAUCAUGAGCACAAUGAAUUGAUGAAACGCCUAGCAAAAGCAUUUGGCAUAUCCGAGUCAUUUAUAACGACUGCAUUAAAAAAAAUGACGGAAAAUGGACUCGAUCUUAAGGCUAGCGUCGAGAUUAACCCUAUAAUCCGCAUCUUCUCGGACCCGGAGCUUCUGGACGACUUGGGCCCCCCAGGGGGGUAGCUCUAAUCUUCAUGGGGUAGCUCUAAUAUUCAUCAUAGUCGCCGUCUAGUGCAGGAGCUCUAAUCUUCACAAUAGUCGCUGUCUAGUCGUAGUCCUUAUUCAUAAUACCCUACAGGAGGAGUAGUAGGUGUAGGACCUUCUUGGGGUGAGCGCUAAUAGUUCUGAUCGGCCUGAGCACAUAGCAGGAGCCGUGGGUUUUCUUCAUCAGGUAAGAGAGGCUGCCGCAGAAGAGGCAAGGCGAUUCGCAGUAGAACAAGAAACGCAGUUACACAUUGCAUUAUUAAGGCUUUACCUAUCAAUUAUUCAUCUCUCACACUUUUACAUUUUUGACUGCAUCUUUUUUUUUUGUUAUCUACUUGUCUAGUACAAGUCCACCAGCAUUUAUUUGCGACGUGGCUUGAAUCGGGGGCGUGGCCCGGACUUACGAAUUCUAAGAGAGGACAGGUCCGUGGCCUGCGUCCAUUCUGAAAGCUUAAGAUAUUGUUCCCCUCGAGCAUUCCUAGUAUUCUCGUGGUAUAGUACAACUCUUCAAGGAUGCAGCAGUUCUUUGAAGAUGAGUGGCAGGAGAGUAGAGAUCUUCUAAGUUUGGGGGAGGAUUUGGCAUUUCGCACGGACGGAUCUGUUGAAAAGAUGGAGCAGGAAGCAGAUAUCCUACGGCGCCUCCAGGACAUGAAUAUGAUUUUUUAAGGCUUCUUCCCCUAAAAAUGGUGCUUCUUCGAAGUAGAAAGCAUCUUACUUAGUUACCCUAAAAAGAUGAGACGUUGACGUUUUCAAGGGGAAAGCAGUCUCAGGAUGGACUUCGAGAUGGAUUCGAGUGACAUCUAAACGUUAGCGGGGUCCUUACUAGAUCUGAUGCAAGCACUAGACGAGCACCCGUAUGCUUGCGACGCGCUGUCGGUCGUGGCUAGGGCGCUACUUGAAACGCAUGAUUUUCUAUUAACCGAGAAGCUACAGCAUCUAGAACCUAAGCUGCGAGCGCUAGCAAAAUUCCUAGUACAGCUGCAAGAACUACUAGCCAGCCAACUACCCGUGGAACUGUUCAAAGAGACGAAGCCAGUGCAAAGGAUUCUGAGACUACUACUGGGACUUCUGAAAAAGCACGGGUACCAUAAAGUUAGGGCUUCCCGUAAUUAAUCCCUGGUUGUAGAGAUUCCUCAAGAACAGUAUGUACCAUAGUGAGUCAUAUUCUUGCGGGAUCCCUACAGGGACGACCUGGGGACGCUCUAAUAAAAGAACAGAAGCACAACCACAAGAGGAAGAGGAGCACGACCAGGGAGGCAGUAGUUCGAGUGGAGGCAGUAGUUCGAGUGGAGGCAGUAGUUCGAGUGGAGGCAGUAGCUCAUCUAUUAAGGGAUAUAGCUUCACGACAUUGCAUCCUGCGCUCCCAUCCUUGAGCUGUUUCCCAAUACGAAGGGAGUGAAGGAUGGUCUGCUGAAGAAUGCAAAAAUAGCGCAGCCUCUAACUCUAGUGGGAGGGUCGAGGAGCUGGAGCGUCUGCGGCCUCGCCUUGAGGAGCUAUUAAAACUGCUAGAGGAUUCCGUUCUAGAAUUGCCACCACUAGACGAUCCCGAGCAACAGGAACAGCUGAUGAGAAAACAUGCGCGCGCGCUGUCAUCACUAAAUGAACUGAGGACAUUGCUGCCCUCGCAAGAGUAUAACGAGCUUUUACCAAAACUAGUGGCGUCACUACAACAUUUGCGAGAAGUACUUCAAAACGGGCCACAACAACCGGAUUAUGACGCGAAGGCACAUGUGCCGCAUCAUCCUUACUAGGAGUAUCAACAUCCUUGGCUUGUUAUUAUUUCAUGGGCAAGAACGUGUAAAAAACCAGUUGGUCAAGAACGGGUAUAAAUCAGUGCUUUAUUGGUACACUGUUUGGAUAGAAAUGUGAUUGCAAAAAUGCAACGGCUAGUGCUAACUUAUAGAUACUUAACAGAAUGUGGAAAACGAAAAGUAGGAAAAGAAUGAAAAGGCCAAGGAUUCUACUGCAAGUAGGAAGAUGCGAGAACCGGAAGUGCUCUAACGAAUAACGUCGCUGCCAGGAAUCCUAG